AUGGCUGCACCCGAAACCGACGUGCCCGCUCGGCUCGGACCAAACAAAACACCCGUACAGCUCGAGGAACUAACUAAAGAUAAUUUAUUUAAGCAGCCACAAAAAGAAAUUCUUGAUAAGCUGCCCCCAGACGAGCCUCGCCCACCAUGGAAGGGAGUGUUGGUCGAGUGCGCCAAACUCUGGAGCUAUCUUUCUGGUAUCUCUACCUUCGAGCGGGCCAAUAUGCUCCGAAAAGGACGUGAAGUACAUAAAAUAUAUGUCGAAGUCAUGAAAGGAAAAACAUUUCUUGAUGACCAGUUUACACUCACUGAAUUCGGACGAAUGGUGCUUCAGAACGGGACAAUUCGAGCUGGACGUGCAAAGAAUGCCAAACAGAUUGUUGUAGCCAGAGAAACUUUAUAUUGUAGUGGUUCCGGGGCAUGUAAACGAGGAUGUGGAGGAUAUGGAGAGUGUAUGCAAGGGUGUGAAAAAACAAAGAUGCGAGGUCACAAGUGCAGUUACCGAGUCAAGUUAACUAUGAGACUUGGCUACGUGAAUUUCUGGUUCGUUGAAGUACUCGGCGAUCAUGAACAAUUUGCUAGUCUGGAUGACUCCAUGGAUGUUAAAAGUUCACCUUCACCAAAGAUGUCCAAUAGUAAUAGCCCUGAUGGCUCUCCUACCCAAAUUCCAAUUAUUCAAUCUCCAAAUACAGAUCUUCCAAAUUCAGCAGCCAUCACCACGGCUUCUGUGUUGCCACAAAACUUGCCAAAUAUUCUCACCAAUGCUUUGUCAAACAGUCUGACAAGUAGCUUGCCAAAUAGUCUCACCACUGCAUUGUCUAACAACUUGCCAAAUAUCAUUGCUAGUCAACCAUUGAGUCUGCCACUAAACUUGCCAAAUAGUAUUGUAUCGUCAAUUGUAAGCCACCCAGGACUGUUCGCAAGCCACGCUGCGGCCGUGCGCUUGUAUAAUGGUGCUAGUCCAUGCGAAGUUGUCUACCCGUCAAUGGAGGGUGCAGCACAAACAUAUUGCCAGGACAUGCCAAUUUCUCUAGUCAAAGUCAAAAAGGAACCUGAAGAUCCACAGGACACAGUUUCCGACCUGCCCUUACAACAGACGUUACCAGAAACAGUGACAGCGGAGGAGGGAGAUUUAAAAAAUGACUCUUCCAUGACUGUUGCCCAUAGUGAAGUAUUUCCCAAAAUUUCCUCAGGAGGUCGUGCUAAAGCAAGGAAGAGAUUUCACCCAGCGCAGGUGACAGGACAAAGGGAAUCCCAUCGUCAGUUGUUACCACAACCAAAGACUGUGUACCCCCCAGUAGUAGCUACCAGUAUUCCCCAAAUUAAUAUGGAGUCACAUGUGCGUAAAGAGUUACGAGAACUUGUUGCUCGUCGUGAACAGGACAAAAACACAUCCUCCUCAAAUUUUACGUCAAUGAAUGGAGAACAGGAGAUUCGGCCUGUGGAUUAUUGGCCAGAGACAACAUCUUACCCCAACGAGGAACCUAGUGACGGUUCCAUGUACACCUACGUCUGGGACGGUGAUGUGAAUGAACCUCAAGCUAUAGAAGAAGACGUUGCCAUGGAAACGACCAAUGAAGAGAAGGUAGCAAGAAAGGUUGCAAAGCAUGUGCAUGGUCGCUGGAAAAUGGGCAAGGAUCUGAUCACGAGAGUGAGACAACUUGAAACCCAUGUCAACCAGCUCCGAAAUGUUGUCCUCAAGUCUCAGGGGGAGACAAACACCAAACAGAGCCGGAAAAAGGGCCAGCGUGAAUUUGACUUCAAAAAGUACAACACACGCCAUGUGGCCCUUAAGGUUCUGUAUCUUGGCUGGGACUACCACGGCUUUGCUGCACAAGAGGACACAGAGAAAACAAUUGAGACUGCUCUGUUUGAUGCACUUCUCAAAACAAGGCUUAUUGAAGCUAGAGAAACUUCAAGUUACCACAGGUGUGGUAGGACAGACAAAGGUGUCAGUGCCUUUGGACAGGUUAUUUCCAUUGAUUUGCGGACCAAUUUGUUGGAGGGACCAGGUGUGAAAGUCAGGGAAGAUGGAACAGCUUAUGAUAGGCCUGGUGAAAAGACAACAGAGAUACGAUAUGUCCACAUUCUCAACAAAGUUCUGCCUCCAGAGAUCCGGGUUCUUGCCUGGGCCCCUGUUAAUGUUAAUUUCAGUGCCAGAUUUGACUGCAAGAAAAGAACUUACAAGUAUUUUUUCCCAAAGGGCAAUCUUGACAUACAGGCAAUGGCUGAAGCUGCAGAGAAAAUCACAGGAGAACAUGAUUUCCGUAACUUGUGUAAGAUGGACGUAGGAAAUGGAGUGGUCAAUUUCCGACGUAAAAUUGUCUCGGCUGAUAUCAGGAAUUUAGAUGAAAGGGAGAAUGGCUACCAGAUGUGUGAGCUGACCAUCGUGGGAUUAGCAUUCCUCUGGCAUCAGAUCCGCUGUAUAGUAGCUGUUCUUUAUUUGAUCGGUCAAGGAAAAGAAAAGUCAGAGAUCAUUGAUGAAUUGUUAGAUGUAGAGAAAACACCUAAAAAACCGCAGUACACAAUGGCCUCAGAGCUUCCACUUGUGUUGUUUGACUGCGAGUUUGCUGAUGAUGUCGAAUGGAUAUAUGAAGCAGAUUGGCAUGAGGAAAACAUCCGUCACUUACAGCAGAUUUGGGCUCACCACACAGUCAGGUCAACAAUGAUUCGUCGUAUGUUAGAAGAAAUGGACAGUGCUAAAGUAGAGACAGAUUGUGAUAUUGCCCCCUGGAAAGACCUGAGCUCCCCUAUUUAUAACCAGACAGAAUGGAUCAUUCCUGGAAAUAAAAGCAAGGUUCACAAACGCCUUCUGGAACGUCAAACAUGUGAAAGUCUAGAAGAGCGUAUUGAACACUAUGCAAAGAAGAGAAAGCUUGACACGCCUCCAUCUACAGAUACUACCCCUGGAUCAGAAACAGUGUCUGCCCCUGGGUCAGAGUCUGUCUCCCCUGCCCCAGAGGAACAAGCCAGCUAGGGGUUUGAUGGCCUUCCU